GCGGGGGCGGGGCCGCGAGCCACAGCCAAUGAGAGCUGGCGGGCCGGUUGCCUGGGCGACCGGGGCGCGACCCCGCCCCCCGCGCCGAGGCGCCGGAGCGCCGCUGAGUGCCGGCUGGAGUGGGAACCCGGGUCCCCGCGCACCGCGAACGCGCGAUGACCACGUGUAGCCUGGGGCGGAGGCCGGGCCGCACACUCGGACUCCUGCUGCUGGUCAUCUUGAGCUUCCUGGUGCUCCGCAGGUGGGACUGGAGUACCCUGAUCCCUCCGUGGCUGCCACAGCGGGAGUACGGGCUGCAGGCAAAAGGCCAGAACUUUAUGCUGGAGGACUCCACCUUCUGGAUCUUCGGGGGCUCCAUCCACUAUUUCCGGGUGCCCAAGGAAUACUGGAGGGACCGCCUGCUGAAGAUGAGAGCCUGUGGCCUGAACACCCUCACCACCUACGUCCCGUGGAACCUGCACGAGCCGGAGAGAGGCAGAUUUGACUUCUCCGGGAACCUGGACCUGGAGGCCUUUGUCCUGCUGGCUGCGGAGCUCGGGCUGUGGGUGAUCCUGCGUCCAGGCCCCUACAUCUGCAGCGAGAUCGACCUCGGGGGCUUGCCCAGCUGGCUACUCCAAGACCCUGGCAUGAGGCUGAGAACAACCUACAAGGGCUUCACCGAAGCAGUGGACCUUUAUUUCGAUCACCUGAUGUCCAGGGUGGUGCCACUCCAGUACAAGCAUGGGGGACCCAUCAUUGCUGUGCAAGUGGAGAAUGAAUAUGGUUCCUACAACAAAGACCCUGCAUAUAUGCCUUACAUCAAGAAGGCCUUGGAGGACCGCGGCAUUGUGGAGCUGCUGUUGACGUCAGACAACAAGGAUGGUCUGAGCAAGGGACUCGUGCACGGAGUGCUGGCCACCAUCAACUUGCAGUCGCCACAGGAGCUGCCGCUGCUGACCAGCCUUCUCUUAAGCGUCCAGGGGAUUCAGCCCAGGAUGGUGAUGGAGUACUGGACCGGGUGGUUUGACUCGUGGGGAGGCCCUCACAAUAUCCUGGAUUCUUCUGAGGUUUUAAAGACAGUGUCCACCAUCAUCGAUGCCGGCUCCUCCAUCAACCUCUACAUGUUCCAUGGAGGCACCAAUUUCGGCUUCAUCAAUGGAGCCAUGCACUUCCAUGAAUACAAGUCAGAUGUCACCAGCUACGACUAUGACGCUGUGCUGACAGAGGCCGGAGAUUACACAGCCAAGUACAUCAAGCUUCGAGACUUCUUUGGCUCCCUCUCAGGUGCCCCUCUCCCUCCCCCACCUGACCUUCUUCCCAAGACUACGUAUGAGCCGAUGACGCCAGUUUUCUACCUGUCCCUGUGGGACGCCCUCAAGUAUCUGGGGGAGCCAAUCAAGUCUGAGAAGCCCAUCAACAUGGAGAACCUGCCAGUCAAUGAGGGGAAUGGCCAGUCCUUUGGGUACAUUCUGUAUGAGACCACCAUCACCUCGUCCGGCAUCCUCAGCGGUCUUGUGCGAGAUCGGGGGCAGGUGUUUAUGAACACGGUAUCCAUAGGAUUCUUGGACUAUAAGACAACGAGGAUCGUAAUCCCGUUGGUCCAGGGUCACACGGUGCUGAGGAUCUUGGUGGAGAAUCGUGGGCGAGUCAACUAUGGGGAUAAUAUUGAUGACCAGCGCAAAGGUUUAAUUGGAAAUCUCUAUCUGGAUGAUUCUCCCCUGAAAAAAUUCAGAAUCUACAGCUUGGAUAUGAAACAGAGCUUCUUUCAGAGGCUCCGCAUUGACAAAUGGAGUUCUCUCCCAGAAGCACCUACGCUUCCUGCUUUCUUCCUGGGCGGCUUGUCAGUUGGCCCCUCCCCUUCUGACACCUUUCUGAAGCUGGAGGGCUGGGAGAAGGGGGUCGUAUUCGUCAAUGGCCAAAACCUUGGACGCUAUUGGAACAUUGGACCCCAAAAGACCCUCUACCUGCCUGGUCCCUGGCUGUACACAGGAACGAACCAGGUGAUCAUUUUCGAGGAGACGAUGGCAGGCCCGAUGAUACAGUCCACUGAAACCCCCCACCUAGGCAGGAACCAGUACCUUAAGUGAGCAGCACCGCCCAGUACCUCCUGCUGGGGGCGCAGGCGAGCGCCACGUCCUCCAGUCGGCACCCUCCCCUGCAGGAGCGUCCUUAAGUAGCAACCUCAGGGACCAAGGGGCUCCUGUCUGCCCCCGCCUCGGUUCAGAACCCGCAACUGAAGAGAGACGUGGGAUGGCGCGGAGGGCCCCUCACGCCCGGGUGGCGUCUCCGCCGGCUUUGUGGAAGGCGCCUUUCCUGCUUCCCUGCUCCUCGGGGAGAAGCGGAGGGGUGUCUCUGUGCGGGUGGCGGCGUUUAAUCAGACCCCCAAGUGCUGCACCCCCGGGGCCCCCAGAACAGGGGCUGAAACGAGGUGGGCCUCCCCACUGCGUCGCCAGUCCCGCCCGCGGCAGUCUGCUCCUUGAAUGCGCUUGGUGGGGACACGUCCCUCCCGGGCCCUUGGUGUUCCUGCAAUCGUGGGUCUGUCACCAUCUGUAGAGGACAGGGAAGGGGGUGUCUCACCUGCAUUGACUGUGUUCUUCCUUCCAACCUUCCCCGAGCCUUCUCUGGGAUUCGCGAAGAAAGUCCACUUGAGAAACACGUGAGUUCCCCUUUCCAGUCUCGCUGCAUCUGACGGGUGACAAGCUGAGCUUGAGAAACAGAAAUACUCAGCCGCUGCUUUUCCUAAAUUAGCGAGUAUUUCCAGUUUUACCCAGUGAAGACAUGCAUCCGUUGAGGAGUAAAGGUGGAUCCCACAGAAACCCCAGCCCGUCUCUGGGCGUCUGCGGAGGGAGAGGACGGAGGCCCAGCUCAGUGGUGUUGGGCAGGUGGCCCCAGGAAGGUUCGGGUGGCCACAGGCCACAGGCCUUGCCUCCAGCUCGGUCACCCACCCCUCUACCCGCCCCCCCCCCCCGACAAGCAGCAGGGAGGAGAGGCCACCCUCCUUCACAGCUGGGUCCAUGUCCAAAUUUGAGACUUGUUCGAGGGAUCAAGUGCAAUGGUUUGGCUCAGGCUCACCAUCCUGAAUUGCAAUAAAGCGAAGUUGAAUCAGA